AUGGUCUGUGGUGUAAGGGAUCAUCCACAUUCACCCGUUUCUGGCACAGGUAAUGUCCUUCAUGGUGUUUUGGCAACGCGUCAUGGCGCUCAUGAAGCUGGUGCUUGUGCACUUCCAGUAUCAAAUUAUGCUGUUAUCAAUCCAGUUGCUCUUGGAAGUAUUGGAUCUUUGCAACAUCUGAAGUUUCGGCCAGAUUUAUGUGGUCACGUUUUGAAAGUUGAUUGUGGUAAUGGGCCAUUGAAUAUUAUUAUUACAAACUCCAACUAUGGAGGAGGUCUUGACUUAUAUGGUUCUACUUGGGGUAGGCUUACUAACAACAAACCACCUGGAGAAACCCAUUGUAGUGUUCGAUUCACUGAUAGUAGCGCUUUCAACUUCCAUGGACCUCGUUGCUUUUACAAGCCUGGAACAGAUUAUGGCAAUGCCUAUUACCAUAAUGUUGGGCUUUUGAAUACAGGAGGACGAAUUGUUACUGGAGCUACUAUUGAUAACCGAGCUGGAGAGCAUCGCGGCGAUAAUCCUUAUUAUGCGUUCAACUUCGGUCCAAUUGACAGUAAUAAGCAAGUUGUCUUUACUUUUGAUAAAGGACCUCCACACUCAGUUACUUUGCGAGAUUGUGAAUACAAAGGAAGUGAACAAAUGUGGAGUUGA